ACAUCAGAAUUCGAGGGCGGGGGAGUUGCCUUUUUCUCCGUACUGUGUGGGACCACCUUAACGUUGAUCCAAAAGAGGAAGGAUGCUGCCAAGCUUUCCUGCCAAAUUCUUGGUUUCCUUUUCAGCAAUUGGCUGGUUCCUGCAGCUUCCAUCCAGCAACACGCCCAGCAAUUGGCCAUUGGAAACCGACCAUGAUGAUGAGUUGAAGCCUUUGUAUCUUUUUUCUUGUCAUCCGUACAGCCAACGACUGCGUCUGCGUCUCGCGAUGCUGGAGAACCUCUGCACUCUCCCGCUCUCGGGGGAUCUCUUCACCCAGGUCCUGCACCCGUCCAAGCCGCUCCUCACCGUCGGCUUGUCGAGCGGGCGCGUCGAGAGCUUUCGCCUGCCGAGCGAUGAUGACGACGGCAGCGGUGACAAUAGCAGCACCAGCAACGGAAGGGGUUUGAUCAAGAGCGUAUGGAGCACACAUCGUCACAAAGGGAGCUGCCGGUAUCUGGCCUACAGUCAUGACGGAGAGGCCCUCUACUCCGCCGGCACCGACUCGGUCGUCAAACACUUCUCCCCGGAGACCGGCAUCGUAAUCUCCAAGAUCGGGCUCCCUCCGCGCAACAGCGCCACCAGCACCACCGACUGCCCCGCCAUCCUCCACGUCCUGUCCCCGCAGACCCUGCUUCUCGGCACCGACUCGGGCGCCCUAUAUAUCUUCGACCUCCGCGAGAACGGCAGUUUGGAUCCGAAGCCGGUGCGCAAGCAUGUCCCGCACGCAGAUUACAUCUCCAGCAUCACCCCUCUGCCGCCUUCCACCGAGAGCACAUCCGGUUUUCCGAAGCAGUGGGUAUCCACCGGAGGGACGACGCUGGCUGUCACAGAUCUCAGGGCCGGGAUAGUGGCCACCUCGGAAGACCAGGAGGACGAGCUGCUGUGCUCGACUAUCAUCCCGACCGGACUGGGGCCCAAGCGCAUGAGGAACAACGCGGUUGUCGCGGUGGGUACCGGCGGCGGCGUCCUGACACUAUGGGACCGCGGCUCUUGGGAUGACCAGCAGGAGCGCAUCUACGUGGCGGGCGGGAAGAGCAAGAGAGACGGCGACAGCCUGGACGCCAUUGUGCGUGUGCCCGACGAGCUCGGGUGGGGCAAGAAGCUGGUCGUUGGCGUGGGCGACGGCAGCAUGGCCGUCGUCGACCUGAAACAGCGCGAGGUGCAGGCCGUGCUGAAGCACGACGAAAUCGAGGGCGUCGCUGCCUUGACAUUUGACUACCAGAAUCGCCUAAUCAGCGGCGGCGGCAGAACGGUCAAGGUCUGGGCCGAGUCGGGCGUUGACGAGGACGAGGCGGAGCGCACCGCGAUCAAGCGGUCUGCGGAUAGCGACGAGGAGGACUCUGACGAUGACGACAGCGACAGUGAUGAGGACCGUCCAAGGAAGCAGUCGAAGAAAAAGCGGAAGAAGGGCAAGGGUGUCCAAGGAAGGACUGUCGCCUUCCCUGGCUUGGAUUAAGCCGCCGUCUUCGGCGGGAGACCAGACGCGUUCAUUUCCCGCGCAGCUCGUUGGUUCUUUCCGACUUGCUGGGUUGCGGACCCAACUGACACAUCUCAUCACAGCUACCACACCGGAUCGAAGCCCACAUCUCCACUCCCGCCGCCGUCUUGGGAGAGUAAAGGCGGCGUCGCUUGAACUCUGUAUACACGGCCGAGUCAAGGCCCCUGAAUCAGGCCCGCGCCGCCCAGAGUCAGCUUGUGCCGUGGUCCUCCGACUGUAUGAGGAGUGUACCUCAAAGCUUACCGCGCUGUGGGCCAUCCAGCUUUGCGAGAUAGAGUUCUAUCUGGACAGAGUAGGCAUGGACGUGUGCCAAGGACCAAGGGCCACGGAGCCAUUUCGAAACACUAUAUUUCAGCGCUGGGCGGGGAUCAGCAGGUCCCAGAACAUUUGUUGGUAUCACCCUGCAGCGGCCUUGGCUGUUGCCGGCCCCGUGGAGCUAGUGCUUUGCUUCAUCGGCGCUUCUUUCUCCGUCUUCUGCCUUCGGAGCGCCUGCUCUGGUACUAUCGAGUUGUGCAUAUCCAAAACAACAUAGACCCAUCCCUGUCACGGAAUCCCAGACUCGCACGGUUCUUUUCUGCCUGUUACCCUCUGACACAAGCACAAAAUGUCGUGACUCAAGCCCCUGGACGAGUGUAGUCGAGUUCUCUAACGCGACGCCAUACCUCCCUGACAGUUCGUUCCUGCCCUUCUCUCCCUGACUCGAUGUCAGACGGCCCUGCGGGUCUGAACGGAC